AGAGAGAAAAAGAGAGAGAGAGCGAGAAUGAACAGAACAGCGCAACUUUGUAAUGUAUGCUAGCAGAGUUGGGUCAGUGUGUCGUUCCCUCCACGCUGUUUUCUCCUCCUUUCUGCAUCCUACCACUCGCAGCCCAGCAGAGAACAACGACUCGCUUUUCAAAGCAGCACCCGGUUCGGUGGCUAAUCCGCCUUUUUUUUCCCAAAAGAGGUUCCAGCCCUUCUGCGAUUCACGUUAAAAAGGAGGCAACCGUGACUGAGUGAGCGACUACAUGGACUAGACCGAACAUGAAGAGCCUUAAAGCCAAGUUCAGGAAAACUGAUGUCAACGAGUGGAACAAAAACGACGAGCGCCUCCUUGCGGCCGUGGAGCAUGGCGAGGUGGACAAGGUGGCGUCGCUCGUCGCCAAGAAAGGCGCCAGCGCCAUCAAGCUUGACAGCGAGGGCAAAUCAGCUCUCCAUUUAGCAGCUUCACGUGGUCAGACUGAUUGUUUAUCUGUCCUCCUGGCACAUGGCACUGACCCUACAGUUGCUGAUGCUUCAGGUUUGAUUCCUUUACAUCUGGCAGCCAAGAACAAUCAUGUGGAAUGCUGCAAAAAGCUUCUUCAGGCUAAAUGUCCUGUUGAUGCAGUUGACGGCUCGGGGAGGACCGCUUUGCAUCACGCUGCUCUCGGCGGGAAGAUCCAGACUGUCCAGUUUCUGUGUGAAUUUAAAAGCCCCAUCAACCUUAAAGAUGCUGAUGGCCACACCCCUCUGCUUCUGGCAGCCAGACGUGGCUAUGCUGAGGUGUGCAGCACUUUGCUGGACAACGGCGCUGAAAUCAGCAUUUCUGACAACAGCGGCAGGACUGCUCUAAUGCUCGCCACGGAAUCCAAUGCGGUGCCUGUCAUCAAGGUUCUGCUCCAGCGUGGGGCGCUCCUGAACGCAGUGGAUGCACAAGGCCACGAUGUCACGCACUACGCCAAAGUGUCUGCCAGCUGUGAGGUCAAAGCUGCGCUCAGUGCCGCUCUGACCAGGCAGAUCUCUGAUCCCAAGUUUCCCAGAAGUCCUGCGCAUGAUCAAGUAGCUAAGCUAGGCGAUGAGCGGAUCACAACUCCCAAAAAACGAAAAGCACCUCCACCUCCUAUUAGCCCACUACAGAAGUCUGGUCCUUCGUCUCCGUCAGUGUCUGGGACGCCCUCAUCCAAUAAAAGUGACACUCCAAAGAGGUUCAACUAUAAGGAGGAUGAAGUUGGAGAGGAGUUUGAGCGGCUGCACAACAACCAGAGAAGCAUGUUGCUGGAGACAUUGGACAACUCAAGGAACGCGGCGGCCUGUCCUGAACUGGAUCCCAAGGUCGAGCCCAGCUUUACAGCGUCAUCAUCUUCCGCUCUCGUUUCGGCCCUGCAAGCCAAGAUCACCGCUUUGACUUUGGAAAACCAGCAGCUGGCCAGCAAAUUUAAGAAACAUCCAUCACUCCAAGGAACUGAGGAGCUGAAGGACACCAGCCGUCCCGACAGCAUGACCUCCAACUCCUCCUUCCAUUCCACACAGGAUGACUUAGAGGUAGCCGCUGCCGUACCUUCCGCCGCCCACGCGCCGCGGGAGGACGGACUGGUGGAGGAAGAAGGGAGAGGGGGGAGCCCUGAGGAGAUCCGCCUGUUGCGACAAGCGCUCGAGAACGUCCAAGUGAAGCUGCUGGAAACCAGAAAGGAAAACCGCUCGCUUCAGGCUCAGCUGAAACCUGAGCGGAUCAGAGAACGUGGGGAGGAUGACGGAAGGGCAAAAGGAAGGGAGGAAGAGUUGAUUGAGAGCCUGGCGGAGCUUCAGGCCAAGCUCACAGACACGCAGGAGAGAUACCACCACGCCGUCGAGGAGGUGGAGGAGCUGAGAGCGCACGCGAUGGGAAUGGGAGGCGAUGGAACGUCCUCGCUGGAGCAGGAGGUGAAACAGCUGAGGGCACAGCUCGUCCACGCGGGCUCCGAGCAUGAGGAGGCUGAUCAACGAGUCAGACAGAUGGAGGAGGCGCUAAGGAGGUUGGAGGAGGAGAGACGGAACGCGAGGGAGAAAGAGCAGAGGACGGCGGAGAUUGAGGAGCUGUACAAGGAAGCGCAGGAGGAGAUUAGCAUGCUCCAGGAGGCUCUGCGAGGCACGGUACCUGUGGAGGCCGCCGCCAAGGACUUUGAGGAAAUGAAGACCGAACUCAACGAGAUCAUUUGUGGCCUCCAGCUCCGUCUGAUGGAGCUGUCGCACUCCUACAGCGAAACCAGGGCACAGCUGGGCGCCGCGCAGAAGCAGCUGGCUGACAGCAGCCGGCCGACGUCGCCUCCCGCUGAGGAGCAUCAUCACCUGGAGGAAGAGAUGAUGAAGAGUAGGCUGGAAGAGCUGCAGACACUGCUGGUUGACAUGGAGAAAAAGUACUCCGAAGCUCUGGAGGAGAUCUCACAGCUGAGACUGGAAGCCGAGCUUCAGACACAGAGCUCCAUAGCCCUUGCUGACCACACGCAGGUGAUGUCAUCUCUAGGGAACGCCAUCAAAGAGCUGGAGGCCCAAUCGGACACCCUGAAGGAGCAGCUCCGCCAAAAGACCUUGCAACUGGACGCUCUGCAGAACAGGCUGGAGAAGGACACCACAUCGGAGGACUCUGUCUCCGGAGAGGAACACAAGAAAAUGCGAGAGCAGAUGGAAGGCGAGGUGAGCCACCUGACGCAGCUCCUUCAGGAGGCCCUCAGGAAGCAGGAUGAGAUGGCACUGGAGGCUGCUGAUGCCUGGCAGAAGGCACGGGACAAUCGAGCAGAGCGUGAGGCCCUGCAGGAGCAGCUGACAUCAACAGAGAAGGACAACCAGAGCCUCACGUCCAGGUUAGCCGAGUCCCAGGACGCGGUGUGUCAGCUAAAACAGCUGGUGGAGAACCACGUGGCCUCAGAGCGAGAGAAGAACAAGCGGAUAGAUGACCUGUCACGAGAAGUUGGCAAGCUUAAGGACGCCUUGAACAGCCUAUCACAGCUCUCCUACAGCUCAGGCUCGCCAUCCAAGAGGCAGCAGCAGAACCAGCAGCUGGAGACCAUGCAGCAGCAAGUCAAACAACUGCAGUACCAACUAGCAGAGUCAAAGAAGCAGCACCAUGAGAUUGUGUCAGUCUACAGGAUGCAUCUCCUCUAUGCUGUCCAGGGUCAGAUGGACGAGGACGUCCAGAAAGCCUUGAAGCAGAUCUUGAUGAUGUGCAAGAUGCCAAGUCAAACCGAGGACGCCUGCUGAUGCUGCACUGAGCACGCUCCGAAGCCAACAGACACACUGAAGUAAACUGCUGCCAUUAAGUUGCGAGGUUGGAACACCCCCGCACCCACCCGCCGUGCCUCGAGACUAACCUGGACCCUUUGGAACAUUGAGAGGACGCCGGGGAACCCACAGUCAUAAAUAAAAGCCAGCCCAUCAAGAUUACAUUGAGGACAUCAUGCUGUUACAUUGUGCAUAGAAGACAUCAACGCCUUAUGGGUGCUGCCAUUUUGUCACUGUUUCUUUUCUACAAAAGAAAUGUGUUAGUUUUAUAAAUAGUUUGACUAACUUAUUUUUUUGUUUGUGCCCUGAUAGCAAUGCAUGGAAUCUUGGCCAUAUUUGCAUGUGAUAUAUAUUUUUUACUAUACUAAAAAUGUAUUUUUGUCCAAGUUACUGUAACCUAAUGAGGAGCUCAUGUUUGAAUGCUUUUGUCCUCCAUUGUAACAAUGCACUAUGUUGGUCUACUGACACCUUAACUUGUUUAUUUGUUAUUAACUUGUUAUUAUUACUAUUAUUCACGUUUCCUGAAUAUUUUCUGGCUCAUUUAGGAGGUUUGGGCAAUUGCAUAAUUCGGCGUCAUCAUGUUCAAUGUUUGCAGCACGUUUAUGUGUUUCUCCAAAAAAAAAAAAAAAAAAAGAAGUCACUCCUUAUUUGCCUUAGUAGUACUGUGCCAAGAGCCAUAAGUCACACUUAAAAGUGACCUUUUUGUUUUUUGACUGUUAAUGAAUAAGAAAUCUGCCGGAUUCAACCACAUCCAUUUCUCAUGUUUUGCUCAGGAAACAUGUUUUAAGUGAAUUUGACACAACAUAAUAGUCAUUUUCUGAUUCGUUUUUUCCCCCACUUUGUAUGUUGUCUAGCUGGGCUUCUUAAAUAUUUUGCAUUUUAAGAAUAUAGCUAAUUUUUGUUGGUUUUUUGGGUGUUAAUUACCAGCAGUUUUGUGAAGAUGUACAAUUGCAAUUUUGCCCUCAUUAAUAAACUUAAA